AAUUAAAUCGUGCUCACGAUUUGCUAUUCGUGCUCACGUUUUCUUUAAAUCGUGCUCACGUUUUGCUAUUCGUGCUCACGUUUUCUUUAAAUCGUGCUCACGAUUUGCUAUUCGUGCUCACGUUUUCUCUAAAUCGUGCUCACGUUUUGCUAUUCGUGCUCACGUUUUAUUUUAAUUCGAGCAAACGGUUUGAAUGCACAUUUUGAAAAAAAAACUUUCCAGACAUGCUUUCCUCCUGCACACAAGACGGCUAACUGACCCCUGAAUGUGGUCUGUUUUGUUAUAAUGGACAGAGAUUCGCUUAUUCGAUUUUAUUUUGACUUGAAUAUGCCUUAUGAUGACAUUGUAUCUUCGCUUGCACAGCAAGGCAUCUCAAUCAGCAAACGGCAGCUGAAGCGGUUUCUUCGGGUCAGUGAUCUCUAUCGACGGCGGUAUGACAAUAUAGAAGAGGUCAUUGAUUUUAUAAUUGAUCAACUGCAAGGUUCUGGUAGAAUGCAUGGGUACCGGUGGAUGUACACUAAGUGUGUCAGAAGAGGCAUACGGGUCAGGAAAGAAGAUGUGAGGAUUCUUUUGGCUCUUCUCGACCCCGUAAGCUCUCAAGCUCGCCAAAGACGUCGUCUUAGUCGAAGACUGUAUUUCUCUGAGGGUCCUAAUUUCAUAUGGCAUGUUGAUUCAUACGACAAACUCAAACCAUAUGGGAUAUGCAUUAAUGGAUGUAUCGAUGGAUUCUCUCGAAGGAUUAUUUGGUUGAAGGCAUCCUAUACCAACAGCAACUCCAAAGUUAUUGGAGGAUUUUUUGUGGAGGCAAUAGAGCGUUUUGGAGGUUGCCCGCGGCUUGUACGCGCGGAUAUGGGCACAGAGAACGUGACAAUAAAGGAUAUCCAGAUGUAUCUGCGGCGAAACAAUGAGGAUGACAGAGCUGGUAAUGCAAGCUACAUCACAGGAACAAGCACAGCAAACCAACGAAUUGAGAGCUGGUGGGGACAGAUGCGGAAGGCGGGCGUAGAGCACUGGAUCCAACUGUUCGGGGAACUUAAGGAUGAAGGACUGUUCAGCGGGGAUUUCUUGGACAAAGCUCUGGUGCAGUUUUGCUUUAUGGCAAUAAUUCAGGAAGAGCUCGACCAGAUUUCUGAUGUUUGGAAUGCCCACCGUAUUCGACCUUCCAGAAACACAAAUGUACCAAGUGGGAUUCCUAAUGUCAUGCACCUUGCACCACAUCUGUGGAAUACUGAAGACCUUCUUGUUCCAGUUUGUGAAGAUGAACUGGUCACUUGCAAAGAAUGUUGCCAGUUUUUGACCUCAGUUACAUGUGAUGGAGACGUGUUUGACCUGUGUUCCUUAUUUUUAGAGGACUCAAGAUUAGCUUUUCCAGUCACGGAAUCACAAGCACUGGACUUGUAUUUGUCUUUGAAGGACUGGGUACAUGCCCAAUUACAAGAUCCAUAACUUCCAUAUCGUGUUAGUAAAGAUCAGUAGAUCCUAUAACAUCCCUACGUAGUGUAUAUAGGGAGAGACUAGAACACUGACAAGAAACACUUCUGUCAUGGUUUUAACUGCUAAAAAAUAUAAAGAAGUACCAUGAGACUAUAAAUACACAGUGUCAAUGUUUUUUGUUAACAUUUUGUAACAAUUUUUAUUUGAGACAAAUGAUGUCAGUUGACAUACAAAGGUACAAUACAGAUGCAAUGAACAAUGCAAUGAACAAUGUUUCACUGAACACAACAAGGUACAACAAUUUAAAUGUUCUUAGAGAAAACAGACUUAGUAUGAAUCUCUGGAUGUGCAACACUGCAGAGACAAAAAUGUCUAAAUAAAAAGGUAUACCAUUCGACUGUAAUUUUAUAAAAUCUUUAUUCUCAGUGUAUUCUUACUUUUCAACAAUACAUCAGCUUUCACUAUAAACUAAAAUCAAAAUGUACUGAUACAAUAUGAACUUCAUCUUAAAAGGGACACUAUGAAGGAUUUUCUUGAUUAUUCAUAUAUUUCUUUUAAGAAGUAAAUUUACAACUUCUAAAUCUCUGCUCUGCUCCAUUGAGGUGUAAUACGCAGAAUAUUAUCCAUCUCAAAAAUUAUGAAUAAUCAAGAAAAUCCUACAUAGUGUCCCUUUACAAAGAAUACACAUUAGGCAUAAAACAGCCACAUAAAAUAUCUUUGCAUAAACAGUAUGCAUAAACAUAAAAAAAAAAAAAUAAAUAAAACCUGAGAUUAUUCUGGUGUGGCUUUGCCACCUAUCAAUACUUUGCAUGGAUAAAGCAUGCCUUAAUACCAACAAUGUAGAUUUUAACCACAUUUACUUUGAACAACAUUUUAAUUACAAAACCUGUUUAAUUUAAUUGUGUCAUUGUGAGGAACUAAGAAAGCAGUCAAUUUCCUAAAGAUUUUACAUACUCUGUGAUCAGUGUAUUAGAAACUCUUACUUCGUACCUAUGGUCCCCAGCCAUUUUAUAGGUUUUAUAGAUGGAUUUUAAUCUUUUACAAUUGGUUCAUGUAAUAAUUAGAGGAAUGUGGAGGGUAGAGGGUCUUGCAAGACCAGGGUUGAGAAUUUGUACACUAGAGCAGUGGUCAUGAACUCCACCUGCUCUGCAAACAUUUUUUUUUACCUCCUCCUCCAAAGCUGCAUCCAAUUCCAUUAACACGACCAAUACGUGAGUAGGGACACCAAUAAAAUAUGCAGGGCAGAGGGGAUUAUUUACAAAUCGCAAGGCUACAGAGUGAUUCAAUAUGGUAAACCAUAUGGGUACAAUUUCUAGGACCAUUUGUGGGAAUCUGUAACCCGGCACUUUGUGAUUAAUCCUGGUCCUGGGAAACCCUCUGCCCUACACAUUUUAUUGGUGGUGUUGUGUAUCUACAUGGAACCUGAUCUAAACAAUGUCCAUAACCCACACAGAGCUUGAGAGUAUGCUAUUAAAAUCACUGCGAAGGUCAGGAUAAUUUUGGUAUCCUAUUGGCAACUUUAAUAUCUUGGCACAUGUGUGCGACUGUGGUCUUCUUUGGAAGUCGGAUGUCUCAAUAAACUCCACAGUAAUCGGCCCAUCAAUCAAAUUGGAACCAGUACAAAAACGGAGGAAUAGUUGAAGUGUAUGCAAAUCAAGUUCACUUAUGUAUCUCUUUAGAUAUCGGGCUACUAAUGAUUGGGAUGCAUUCAUUUCUUCUGGGAAGAAAAGGAGAUCCUUCACUGCCUUUCCUGUUGGAAUUUUCUUCUUUAGGAUACCGUCCAGAGCAUCUGGUGGAACAUCAUUUGCUAGCUCUUCUACAAUUGGACGCCAACACUCAAUAAUGUACAUUGGUGCCUGUAUAAGGGCCUUGUGUCCCAUUUGUGAUAGCAGUGGGACCAAAUUUUCUUUGGUAGGAACCUGGUGACACUCAUGGGCCUCAAGGGCAUCUAACAAAGCAUCAUUUUCGACA